AUGGACUUCGACUCUGACGUUCCAAUGGAAGACGCCGUACAAGACCAAUUGGACCCAUCUUUGGGCACCGCCACAGCAUUCGUCGCUACCGAAUCCAAUGCAUCCUCCAACAUCACACAGUUAGACGAAUGGAUCGACCAGUUGUCCAAGUGCCAGCCAUUGUCCGAAGAAAACGUCAAGCGAUUGUGCAAAAUGGCCAUCGAGGUGUUGCAGUUCGAGGAGAACGUGCAGCCAGUCGCCGUUCCGGUAACCAUCUGUGGUGACGUCCACGGCCAGUUCCACGAUUUGAUGGAAUUGUUCAAGAUUGGGGGGCCGUGCCCAGACACCAACUACUUGUUCAUGGGUGACUACGUCGACCGUGGUUACUAUUCCGUCGAGACCGUUUCGUACUUGGUUGCCAUGAAAGUUAGAUACCCGAACCGUAUCACCAUCUUGAGAGGCAACCACGAAUCCAGACAGAUCACCCAGGUCUACGGGUUCUAUGACGAAUGCUUGAGAAAGUACGGUUCCGCUGUUGUGUGGAAGUUGUUCACCGACUUGUUUGACUACUUCCCAAUCACCGCCUUGGUUGACAACAAGAUCUUCUGUUUGCACGGUGGUUUGUCUCCAAUGAUCGAGACCAUCGACCAGGUCCGAGACUUGAACCGAGUCCAGGAGGUUCCUCACGAGGGUCCGAUGUGUGAUCUAUUAUGGUCGGACCCGGACGACCGUGGUGGAUGGGGUAUAUCUCCAAGAGGUGCUGGUUUCACAUUUGGACAGGAUAUCUCCGAACAGUUUAACCACACCAACGACUUGUCGUUGAUCGCCAGGGCCCAUCAGUUGGUCAUGGAGGGUUACUCCUGGUCCCACCAGGAGUUAGUUGUCACCAUCUUUUCUGCUCCCAACUACUGCUACAGAUGUGGCAACCAAGCCGCCAUCAUGGAGGUGGACGAAAACCACGAACGUCAAUUCUUGCAAUACGAUCCAUCCGUGAGACCUGGCGAGCCUACCGUCACCAGAAAGACCCCUGAUUACUUCUUGUAG